AUUAUAAAUUGGUUUGCAAGGAAAUAUUAGUCUGGAAUUCGACUUUCGAAAAGAUACAAGAUCCUUAUACGAAUUGCCACGAAAAUACACAGCUCACUGUCAAAACACUAACAAAAAAGAAACAUGUACGCCAAUGCAUGUCGACCGUCGAGCAUCGGUUAAACCGCCGUAUCUACACAGCCAUUUUCUAUGUAGAAGUGCCAAUUGUAGUCUCCGUCUCAAACUCAUCGUUGAAAAAUGUUUGCCAGCUCGCACACAUCGCCGCUUCUGCCUAUAAUAUACGUAGAACCAUGCAUGGCGAAACCAUUUCGCUGAAACACAGUUGCCAAGAACUAUCACUACGUGAAGUUUCUACGUAGGCAGAUACGAGUAUGUCUGUGGCACGGGCACUAACUACGCUGUCCAUCCGGCGGGGCGAGCGCGAGCUCGUGGCGCCGGCGAGGCCCACGCCCUACGAGUUCAAGGUGCUCUCCGACAUCGACGACCAGGAGGUCCUCCGCUUCUACCGCUCCGGCGCCUUCUUCUACCGCGGCGACGCCUCCAAGUCCGGCAUUGACCCGGCCAAGGUCAUCAAGUCGGCGAUCUCCGAGGCGCUCGUGCACUACUACCCUCUCGCCGGCCGUUUCCGGGAGCUCCAGCCGACGAGGAAGCUCGUGGUCGAGUGCACGGGCGAGGGGGUCGUGUUCGUCGAGGCGGACGCCGAUGUCCGGAUGGACGACUUCGGAGACUCGCUGGCGCCGCCGGUGCCGUGUUACGAUGAACUGCUGCCCGAGCCGGAGUGCGCCACCGCCGUUGUCGUCGACCGUCCUUUGCUCUUUGUUCAGGUGACGCGGCUGAGGUGCGGAGGUUUCGUCUUCGGGUUCCAGAUAUGCCACUGCAUCGCCGACGGCCAGGGGAUCGUGCAGUUCCUGACGGCGCUGACGGAGUUCGCCCGCGGCGUGCCGGACGCGCCGACCGUGCGGCCGGUGUGGCAGCGCGAGCUCCUCACGGCGAGCUGGCCGCCGGCCAUCACGCACGACCACGCGGAGUACGCGCCGCUCCCCGACCCCGGGAAGGACGUGGUCUCCUCCUCCGACGCCUUCUCGCAGCACACCUUCUUCUUCGGGCAUCGCGAGAUCGAGGCGCUCCGGUCCCAGGCCCCGCCGGCGCUGCGCUCCGCCGCGUCGCGGUUCGACCUGAUCGGCGCCUUCAUGUGGCGGUGCCGCGCCGCCGCGCUGCGGUACGAGCCGGACGAGCUGGUCCGGCUGCACAUGUUCGUGAACGGCCGGGUGAGGAACCGGAGCCGCCACCGCUUGCCGAGGGGCUACUACGGCAACUCGUUCGCGUUCGCGGCGGCGUGCGCGCCGGCGGGGCAGCUGUGCCGGAGGCCCCUCGGGGAGGCGCUGCGGCUGCUGCUGGAGGCCAAGGCGCGGGCGGAGCAGGAAGGGUACGUGCAGUCGGUGGCCGGCUUCAACGCGGCGCGCAGGAGGCCGGCGUUCCCCAAGGCCCGGACGUACCUCAUCUCGGACAUGACCCAGGCGGGGAUGCUGGGGGUGGACUUCGGGUGGGGCAGGCCGGUGUACGGAGGGCCGGCGACGAUCAUCCUUGCCACGUUUCAUCUGGAGGGGAGGAACGAGGCCGGCGAGGUCGGUGUCAUCGUGCCGACGAGGUUACCGGUGCUGGCGUUGGAGCGGCUAAAGGUGGAGGUGGCCAAGGGGCUCACGGUCACCGCCGGUCCGACUGCCACUGAACCGGCGGACAACAGCAAGUCGGCAUUGGUUCCUGCUCACGCUAUCGCAAAGCUGUAGAAGCGCUGCGGUGCUGGGCUGGGCUGGGCUGCGUACACAACAUGGAAAGAGAAAAAAAGAAUCGCCUACUCCUGUGCUUAUGCUA